CUCCCAACCGGUCACUAGAGCUCUCGCAUUCUCAAUUUAAAAUUAUAUUUUUUUAAAUUGUCUAUUUCAAAUUCUUUUUUUUUUCGAGAUGUUUCGGAUACUGAGAUGUUCGUUGAUUUUUUUGAUAGCGGUCAGCAUGGUCAAUUUUAGGGUGUUCACGAGAGCCAUGUCGACGGUGUCCAAGUCGUUCAGCGCCCAGGGCGUCGUCUCCGAUGUCAUCCCGGUGGCUCCAGCGGCUCUUGCUACCGUGAAAUACCCCAGCGGAGCGGUAGUGAGCGAAGGCAAUGUGCUCACUCCCACGCAAGUCAAGGACAUCCCGCAAAUCAGCUGGAAUGCCAGCCCGGACAAAUACUACACCGUCGCCAUGACUGACCCCGACGCGCCAUCCCGCGCGGAGCCUAAGUUCCGCGAGUGGCACCACUGGCUGGUCGGCAACGUGCCCGGCAACAACGUGGCCGCCGGCGAGACGCUGUCCGCGUACGUGGGCUCCGGGCCCCCGCAGGUACGACACCCGUCCCGAAUGUAUACACACCCCGACACCAGCGUGGAGCCAAGUUCCGCGAGUGGCACCACUGGCUGGUCAGCAACGUGGCCGGCAACAACGUGGCCGCCGGCGAGACGCUAUCCGCGUACGUGGGCUCCGGGCCCCCGCAGGUACGACACCCGUCCCGAAUGUAUACACACCCCGACACCAGCGUGGAGCCAAGUUCCGCGAGUGGCACCACUGGCUGGUCGGCAACGUGCCCGGCAACAACGUGGCCGCCGGCGAGACGCUGUCCGCGUACGUGGGCUCCGGGCCCCCGCAGGUACGACACCCGUCCCGAAUGUAUACACACCCCGACACCAGCGUGGAGCCAAGUUCCGCGAGUGGCACCACUGGCUGGUCGGCAACGUGCCCGGCAACAACGUGGCCGCCGGCGAGACGCUGUCCGCGUACGUGGGCUCCGGGCCCCCGCAGGGCACCGGCCUUCACCGCUACGUGUUCCUGGUGUACCAGCAGCCCGGCAAACUCAGCUUCGACGAGCCCAGACUACCCAACACAUCCGGUGACAACCGCGGAGGGUUCUCCAUCCACAAGUUCGCGACCAAGUACGGUCUGGGCGCCCCCAUAGCCGGCAACUUCUACCAGGCGGAGUGGGACGACUACGUGCCCAUCCUCUACAAGCAGCUCGGCGCCUAAGCAUCACGCUUGGAUCUUAACAUCUGUUUAUGCUUAACACGUUUUUGGGCAGUGGAAUGUGUCGACAUGUUUCACUGGUUUGAAUUUUGAGCACUACAGAUAUAUUUGGAUGUCCAUCGACAUUUUCACAACUGUGCACCUUUAACGGCCGGUUAGCAAUCGUUACAAAACUGACGGUCAAUGUCAAAUCCCAUAUAGUUUUACAGACGUUACUUAAACACGACUUGAGUCAUUAUUAACGUGCUAGUUAAAAUGAAAAUGCCCCUGUUCUGAAUUCCGAUUUGGAUUUGUUUACUGAAAUCUGGAAUUUCUGGGACCCAUAUUCAUGACUAAAUUUAUUUAGAAUAGACAAUCAAUGCCUGUCAGAUGUAUGCAACUACCCCCUAUGGCCAUUUUCAUUUUAACUAAUACUUUACUGCGCGACUUAAAUUGUUUUGAAGUCACGCCUGUCACUUUCCUGAUAAAAUGUUUAACAUUGACCGUCAGUUUCGUGACGAUUGCUAGAUACGUAGUAUCUUCUUUUAGUAGCUUGUGAUUGCUAGCGGUCGGUAACGGUACACAGUCAAGUAAAAACGGGCCCCCUACUAUGAUCUAAGUUGGCCUGAUAUUUUGAACAGUAAUGAUUACAUACACACAUGUUAUCAGCUCCAUACUCAAAAGACGAUUUUUGCAAAUAAUUGAUAUUACUAUCCACAAACGUGUUAAUAGCGAGACUUUAAGCAUAUAGAACUUAAGAUGAAUUUGUAUUACUGUAAUCUUACGGAAUAAGAUUAAAAACAAUAAUUCGCUUCCAAGUCUAAACUAAAAUAUUAAAUAAUUGGCAUAAUAAUUCUAAAGUUAAACUUUAAAAGUAAUUACUUAUAUAGAUUCGUCUGGAACGAAUUCUCCAGUUUUAUAAAGUUUUUGUUAAGAUCCAAAAUAGUUUUUAAGCAUUUCAAGACAUUUAUUUGCGCAUUUAUUUCCAUACAUAACACUUGUAACCUGUCCUACUUUUAAAACACGAUUCAAUGUUAGUUUUGUCAUUGUGACAUCACUGUCGCGUGGAUAUGUAAAUCUAUGUUGGUUUAUCCUAGAUACAAGAGUUUUUUAAUCAUUAAGUAUGCGUAAUCCUGUUCUGGGGUAAUGGCAAUAAAUAAUAAACACAGAA